CACACACAUGCAAACAUGCAGACAUACACACCGUUGGACUUUGGCUCUCUUUGGCCAACUGGCACUCAGAGCAACAAGGGUCACAACAAUGUUUUGUCAGCACCGCAAAGCAUCCAAUGGCAUUUGGAUGUCCAUCAUCUUGUCCAAUCGCAAUCAGGAGCACGCAGCGCUGCCCCCCCACCCGACCGAGGGGCUAUAAGAAGGGUUCCAAGCCGGCAAGUAGCCACCAUCAACCGGUCCAGAUCUUCCUGUGCUACAGACCUCACCCAAUCUGCAACCAUGAAAGUCAUCAUCGCCGCCUUUGUUGUGAUCGCACUGGCUCAAGGGAGCCUCGCCGUGGACGCCACCGAGAUGGAAAUGAUCGGCCAGAAAUUCGAGGAGAUCAAGAACAAAAUGACGGAAGAGCUGAGCAAGAUGAUCAACACUCAGGAGCUGGGCAGCCAGGCUCAGGCCUUCCUGGAGCAGCAGAGGAACCAGUUUGAGCCCAUGAUGACCAAGGUCCAGGAGCAGAUGAAGGCGGCUGCCGCCAGCAUGCAGGAGCAGCUGGAGCCCAUGACCACCAACUUCCAGGCACAGAUGCAGCCCAUGGUGCUGAAGUUCCAGGAGCAGAUGGAGGCCAUCCUCAGGCAGUUGACUGAGCAGGCCAAGGCCAUGACCAACUAAAGCUUCCGCCAUCAUGGACUGACUUCCUUCUGGACUCCGGACGUCUUUCUGUACCUUUUGUGAAAGGGAGGACUUGGUCCCCAAAACAAACUAAGGAAGUGCAAUAAAAGCUUCAAACACA